AUGAGAAGGAAAGAACUACCAGAUUAUCACAUGGUUUCGGGCUACUUCUGUUCCUUCUUGAAAGAUUUGGGUUUGCUUAGCUAUUUCCUCGGCUUGGAAAUUUCUUAUGAUCCUUCUGGUUACUUUCUAACACAAGCUAAGUAUAUCUCUGAUCACUUGGCUUGUGUUGGUCUUACUAAUUGCAAGAUUGCUACUAGUCCAGUUGAUCCUCAGACUCGUCUUACAUCUCUUGAUGGUUACCUAUUAUCUGAUGCUACGUUAUAUCGUCAGCUAGUUGGUAGUCUUGUCUAUCUCACGGUUACUCAUCCAGACAUUGCCUAUGUUGUUCACAUUGUCAGUCAGUUCAUGGCUGCUCCUUGCUCUCUGCACUAUGAUGCUCUAGUUCGCAUUUUGUGCCGUCUAAAAGGCAUUAUAUUCCAUGGUAUUCACUACUCAACACACUCUUCUUUACAGCUACAUGCAUUUUUUUAUGCCGAUUUGGCCGGGGAUCCUACUGACCACCGCUUUACUACAGAGUUCUGCUUCUUCUUGGGUGAUUCUUUUAUUGCCUGGCGUAGCAAGAAGCAAACUCUUAUUGCUCGUUAUAGUACUCAGGCUGAGUAUCGUGCUCUUACAGAUACUACUCAAGAGCUUGUGUGGUUUCAUUGGCUUCUUACUGAUAUGGGAAUUCCCCAUCCUGCUGCCACUAUCCUCUAUUGUGACAAUUAG